AUGGAGGGCAUUUUGACGACAUGUGGCUGCCCGUUGGGGCGCCUGUCUCCCUCGGUAAUCGUGAUAGUCAUCUUGUUCAAGCUGAGGUGCCGCGAACAUCACGUGGAGCCUACCUUCAACCUAUUUCGGUAUUUUUUCAAGAUGGCGCUCCUUGACAACUGCUUAUCGCUUCAAAAGAGGAAAGGGCGCCCCAAUCACUUUGUGGAGAAGUGCCCGAAGUUGGGGCGCAGCUGGUUUAACGGGUUCUUCUUCAUGAAGGCGUACCGAGACUCGUUCUUCGAAAGUGGGGGCGCCUUCCUGAAAGAGUGGAGGCUGGGGAGCGUAGAAGAGUUUAACGCGCCCGUCGAGUUAUCUCAAGCAGAAAAGGACGGCGCCCGUCUGAUUUGCGAGACGCGCGUAAACUUGUGCAAAACUGAAAAUCGCCCCCCAAUUUUGGAGGCGUAUUAUAAUGAUGGUCCGUAG